GCUGACAGACCCGGCGGCAUGAUGCGACUGCGAGGCUCGGCGAUGCUGCGGGACCUGCUCCUGCGGCCUCCCGCCGCUUCCUGCGCAGCUCUGAGGCGGGCACAGCCCCUCGUCACACUGUGCCGGCGUCCCCGAGGCGGGGGACAGGGGGCCGCGGGCCCAGCGGCCGCCGCGCGGCUUUACCCGUGGUGGGGCGGGGGCGGCCGGCCGGCGGGGCCCCUCGCGCGGGGACUGUCUAGCUCCCCUUCGGAGAUCCUGCAGGAGCUGGGCAAGGGGGGCACGCAGCAGCAGCAGCAGUCUGGGGCGUCGCCGCCCGCGGCCCCAUCGGCUCCCAGCCCCAAGGACGGCCCCGGGGAGACGGAUGCGUUCGGCAACAGUGAGGGCAAGGAGCUGGUGGCCUCGGGCGAAAAUAAAAUAAAACAGGGUCUGUUACCUAGCUUGGAAGAUUUGCUGUUCUAUACAAUUGCAGAAGGACAAGAGAAAAUACCUGUUCAUAAAUUUAUUACAGCACUCAAAUCUACAGGAUUGCGAACGUCUGAUCCCAGGUUGAAAGAGUGUAUGGAUAUGUUAAGAUUAACUCUUCAAACAACAUCAGAUGGUGUCAUGCUAGACAAAGAUCUUUUUAAAAAAUGUGUUCAAAGCAACAUUGUUUUGUUGACACAAGCCUUUAGAAGAAAGUUUGUCAUUCCUGACUUUAUGUCUUUUACCUCUCACAUUGAUGAGUUAUUUGAAAGUGCUAAAAAGCAGUCUGGAGGAAAGGUUGCGGAUUAUAUUCCUCAGCUAGCCAAGUUCAGUCCUGAUUUGUGGGGUGUAUCUGUGUGUACAGUAGAUGGACAGAGGCAUUCUAUUGGAGAUACCAAAGUUCCAUUUUGUCUUCAGUCCUGUGUAAAACCUUUGAAAUAUGCAAUUGCUGUUAAUGACCUUGGAACAGAAUAUGUGCAUCGAUAUGUUGGGAAAGAGCCAAGUGGAUUAAGAUUCAACAAACUGUUUUUAAAUGAAGAUGAUAAGCCACACAAUCCUAUGGUAAAUGCUGGAGCAAUUGUUGUGACUUCAUUAAUAAAGCAAGGAGUGAAUAAUGCUGAAAAAUUUGACUAUGUGAUGCAGUUUUUGAAUAAGAUGGCUGGCAAUGAAUACGUUGGAUUCAGUAAUGCAACGUUUCAGUCUGAAAGAGAAAGUGGAGAUCGAAAUUUUGCAAUAGGAUAUUACCUAAAAGAAAAAAAGUGUUUUCCAGAAGGCACAGACAUGGUUGGUAUAUUAGACUUCUAUUUCCAGCUAUGCUCCAUUGAAGUAACUUGUGAAUCAGCCAGUGUGAUGGCUGCAACACUGGCUAAUGGUGGUUUCUGUCCAAUUACUGGUGAGAGAGUACUGAGCCCUGAAGCAGUUCGAAAUACACUGAGUUUGAUGCAUUCCUGUGGCAUGUAUGAUUUCUCCGGGCAGUUUGCUUUCCAUGUUGGUCUUCCUGCAAAAUCUGGAGUUGCUGGGGGCAUUCUUUUAGUUGUCCCUAAUGUCAUGGGCAUGAUGUGCUGGUCUCCUCCUCUGGACAAGAUGGGCAACAGUGUUAAGGGAAUUCACUUCUGUCAUGAUCUUGUUUCUCUCUGUAAUUUCCAUAACUAUGAUAAUUUGAGACACUUUGCAAAAAAACUUGAUCCUCGAAGAGAAGGUGGUGAUCAAAGGCAUUCCUUUGGACCAUUGGACUAUGAAAGUCUCCAACAAGAACUUGCUUUAAAAGAGACAGUAUGGAAAAAAGUGUCACCUGAGUCAAAUGAGGACAUCUCUACAACUGUAGUAUAUAGAAUGGAAAGUCUGGGAGAGAAAAGCUAAAGAAAUGGGUUCUAGUUUCAGAAUGUUCUUCAUUUACUCUUUCAACCAUCUUUAGCUUUUUUGCAUACUAUAAAUAUUUAUUUGAGUUUUUUGUGUUUUCAACCUUGGGUGCUGGAGCCAUAAAGCUUUUUUUCCUUUUAAUCUUUGUAUAAAGAUAAUAGAUUAAAAAGUGGAUUUGUUGGUCUUUAAAAAAGUAUUUAUACAUAAGUAAAGCAAAUUUGCUUUAUUUUUAAAGACGCAAAAAGGAAAAAAUUCCUUUAAAUUUUUUCAUGGUGUAAUUAAAAUUUUAACUUAAUCUCCAUUUUAAAAUGGUAACAGAAAUGUCAUUUUUGGUUCUAAAACCCACACAUUGAACUCAUAAGUUUCAUUGCAUUUUGUUUUUUCCUUCCCAGUUUUAAAACUGACAUGAUGUCUGUAGGGGCAAUAGAAAGUCAUCUCUAUGCUAAAUACAAUGAUCAUAGGCAAAAUUAAUGAAUCCCAAAUUACUUAAUACAGUGAUAGAUUAUAAAAUUAGCUUAAGUUUAUAUUUUAUGCCAUUUUUAUUGAUAAAUUUGCUUUAAAUUUUAAAAAUUCAUUUUAAAUUUUAUCGAACACUUGAAAAUAUAAAUCAUGUCUUUGCUUUUUUACUUUGCAACUUCUCUGUGUUCUGUCAAAAUUGUCAUGUACAGGAGUGUCUUAUGUUACUAAAACAUUCCAGCCAAAGAAUUUCAGAAGUAGGAUAAUGACAUGUUUUACUGUUAAAAAGCUAUAAUGGUUACUCAGAAGGAGCAACAGUGAGUGUCUUCAAGUGAAAUGUUUACCUGAACAAUUUUAUUUUCGUAUUAUUCACGUUACUUUUUCUAUGUUAUAUUUAAGUGUGAAUGGUGAAUCUUGGGUUUUAGUUUUUAAUAUUUUUAUUAUCGUAAUAAUUCCACAAAUGCUAAUGAAUCUUUUAUGAUAAAUUAUAAUAACAUCUCAUAGAGUUUGUUUUAUUUGAACUCUAAUUUUAGAGUACUUAGGAAAUGAAUUCAGUCUGAUAGUAGUAAGUAUGCUACUAAAAUGUGUUAGAUCUGAAUCCUUUUGUUUGGUUAUAAAAAUGCAAUAUUGAGAAUCAAAACUUGUUUUUAAAAGAAGGACUAUUUUGGAUAAUUUACAAUGUUUAGUCUGUCUUGGCAAAGUGAUUGUAAAAUUCUGUAGGACCUAUUCACACUUCUUCCUUCUUCCAAAUAACUCUUCAGUUUUCCCCACAAUUCUCCAUAGCCACAAGGUGUUUUUUGUUUUGUUUUAUUCAUUUUUAAACUUGUAGAUUUUGGAGGGGCAGAGGUGGGGUCUGGGGUCUAGAAGGAGACUUGGUAGUUUUUUAGUGUCAUGGCAUAUGUGGUAGGUCACAUCUAUAAAAGUAUAUCUAGUAAAAAAGAUUUCACUGAGCAAUUUCGAUACUAGCGCAAAUAUAGAUACAGAAAACCUGAUCAAAUGAUGUCUCAAGCUUGGGAACUGUGAUAUUAGAAAAAGAAGUUCCCUUCCAAAGAUGUUGGUCAAAAGCUUUUUGGGCUAACUUAUAUAUUUAAAUAAUUAUGUGUUAAGUUUUGGAGGACUUACCAAGGAGUUUAUUGUUACUUAAAUAUUUCUCUAAUGUACAAAUGCAAAUCUAAGUGGAUACUUCUACUUUGGCCAUUUACGGGGCGGAUGGUAGGGGGGAGUGGUUUUUUUGAAAGCCUCACCUCUGCAACAACUUUAAACAGUAUCAUUUGUAUUAUUAGUUCCACCAAAGCCAUUUGCAGUUUGGGGAACUGAAUGUCUUAAUUGAUAGAUUGGAAAAAAGGCUUUAUUUUUUUCCCUGUGCUCUAAAUUGUUAUGUUUUACUAUUUCAUUUGGAGAUGGUUUUACUUUAUAAAAUGAAAAUUCAAUUUUUCCUAUUGUGUCCUAUGUAUAGAUUUCAAAAUUAUGUUGUUAAUUUGUAGCUGACUGUAUUGUAGCUAAUCUUAUUAAGGAUGAGCAUCCAGAAAUUUUUGUAGGAAGGUAUAUAAAUGGAAGAAGAGGGAAGAUACUGUGAAUAGGCCCCUAAACUUUAAUUUAAAAAAAAAAAAAAAAGGAAAAUCUUUGCCAGAUUUAAGAACAUUCUUUAAAUUGGUUCCUUCAGUAUUUUUAAUACCUUUUCAAAUAAAGUUCUUGAAAAGUACCCAGUAUUGUGGAUUUAAUGUUUCAUGCCAUUACUGAUUCUUGAUAUUCAAGCAUUUAGAAGUUAGCACAUUUGUUUUUCUUUUUUUUUUCAUUAUUAACAUUUCGUUUGAAAUGCAUAUCCUUCCUGAAAUACUUUAUUUUUAGCAUAAAUGUUGUGCAUUUUAUCUUAGUGUUUGGAUUAAAACAUUUGUGUUAUUUAGCUUUCUUUUAUUUGCUUUGUAUAUUUAAUAAUGUACCUUUUAUUUUCCAGUAUGCCUACUUUUUGUAUUGUACAAUAAAUUUAUUUUAAGCUGA